AUGGAUAUUCGCCUGCUCACCAACGCCGAUCUGCCCCUCAUCCAGCACGCCAACCUCGAGAACCUCCCCGAGAACUACUUCCUCAAGUACUACCUGUACCACUCCCUGUCAUGGCCCCAGCUCAGCUUCGUCGCCGUCGACGUAUCCAGGCCGCAGAAGAGCCCCUAUGACUACCCCAAGAUUGUCGGCUACGUCCUGGCCAAGAUGGAGGAGGAGCCCUCGGACGGCAUCCCCCACGGCCACAUCACCAGUCUAAGUGUGAUGCGUACGCACCGCCGUCUCGGUAUUGCUGAGAAGCUCAUGCGCCAGAGCCAACUCGCCAUGGUCGAGACAUACCAAGCCAAAUACGUUUCCCUCCACGUUCGUGUGUCCAACGUCGCCGCGCGACACCUGUACGAAGACACCCUGGGCUUCCAGAACGAGAAGACCGAGGCCAAGUACUACGCCGACGGCGAGGACGCCUUCUCCAUGCGCCUCGACCUGGACGACAUCCGCAAACAGAUCAACGAGGCCCAGGAGCAGGAGGACCAGAACGGGGAGGCCGCGGACGAGGGCGAGGCAGUGGGCGAGGUCGGCCGGGACCCCAAGGCGAGCGAGAGGCAGGUCAAGGUUGCCGUAGGGCGGUCGCUGGGCGUCGGCGACCUGGUGGAGAAGGACGAAAGCAAGCACUAG